ACGCUCUAAUUUAGUUUUUCUUCUUUUCGUUUACACAAGGAACGGUGUUUGGUCCAAUUAGCUUAGCUCGUAAUUUAUUGCCAAUUUUUUUUUUUUUGUUAUAACGAUUCUGUGAUUUUGGGAUCAGAGAUAUGACUACCCGAAAUGCAGAAUCUUCUCAGGGAGAAGGUGGCGGCGACGACGAUCCACGACCACCUCCUCCGCCUCCGCAGCCGGAGUAUUUGCGUUACCGGGGUGGCAAUACGGUUUUCAAGAGUGGGCCGCUUUUUAUAUCAUCCAAAGGGAUUGGAUGGACAUCCUGGAAGAAAAGGUGGUUUAUUUUAACACGUACUUCUUUGGUUUUCUUCAGAAGUGAUCCAAAUGUUGUUCCUCAGAAGGGGAGUGAAGUGAAUUUGACCCUUGGUGGUAUUGACCUCAACAAUUCAGGCAGUGUGGAGGUCAAAGCAGAUAAAAAACUAUUGACUGUGCUCUUUCCUGAUGGUCGUGAUGGUCGAGCUUUCACACUUAAGGCUGAAACGUCGGAUGAUUUGUAUGAGUGGAAGACUGCACUUGAGAAUGCUCUGUCACAAGCACCAAGUUCAGGUAUUGUGAUGGGGCAAAAUGGUAUCUUCAGGAAUGAUCGGACUGAUUCAGUUGAUAAUUCUUCGGACCAGUUGAAGGAGGGACCGCCAGUGAAAUCUUCAGUUAUUGGCAGACCAGUUUUACUUGCUUUGGAAGAUGUUGAUGGAACUCCAUCUUUUUUGGAAAAAGCCCUUAAUUUUAUGGAAGAGUACGGUGUCAAAGUAGAAGGGAUCUUGAGACAAGCUGCCUAUGUUGAGGAUGUUGAACGUCGAAUUCGGGAAUAUGAGCAGGGAAAAAUUGAGUUUUCUCCAGAGGAGGAUCCACAUAUUGUUGCUGAUUGUGUCAAGUAUGUCCUCCGGGAGUUGCCAUCUUCUCCAGUUCCUGCAUCUUGCUGCAAAGCACUCUUAGAAGCAUGUCGAACUGAUCGUAGUGUUAGAGUUGAUGCUAUGCGUGCAGCAAUAUGUGAAACAUUUCCAGAGCCUAAUCGCCGCUUAUUGCAGAGAGUACUUGUGAUGAUGCAAAUUGUAGCUUCUCACAAAGCUGAGAAUCGAAUGAGCUCCUCAGCUGUUGCUGCUUGCAUGGCUCCAUUACUUUUGCGUCCCCUUUUAGCUGGUGAUUGUGAAAUUGAAACUAAUUUUGAUGUCGGUGGUGAUGGUUCUGCACAACUUCUGCAAGCAGCUGCUGCAGCAAACCAUGCUCAAGCCAUUGUUAUAACCUUAUUGGAGGAGUAUGAUAACAUAUUUGGGGAAGGGUCCAUCUCCCCUGAAAUAUACACCGACACAGAAGAGAGCGGAAGUGAGAGUGAAGAGGCAACUGAUGAUGAUGAGUCCUAUGAAGAUGAUGAAUAUGGUGAUGCUACACAUGAGUCUGAUGCAGAAGCAGGUGAUAAUCUUGAAAAUGCAUCAGGUGAAACCUGCAGCGAGAGUGGUGACCCUGGAGACUAUGAUCUGUGUGAUGAUCAGGAUUUUGAUGGUUCAGACUUGGGUUCCAAGUCUCUUGAAGUAGGUGAUGCUUCCAAAGACAGACAUUUGUUGUCAACAAAUUUGAAUAAAACUUCAAUGACUCAACAUGAUGAUCUAGAAAGUGGUGGGAAUCUUCUGAAUCAAAGCAAUAAUAGUUCAGCAAUGCUGGAUAUUGAGUCUGCUGAACUCCUAGGAAAUGUUUCUAAAGAAUCAAGUUCAGUUCCUGCUUCCACUAGUCCCAGUCCAUCCUCGCGCAUACAAAAGGCUACAACCACAUCGAAUGGACCUGUACAUAGUGCUAGGCGGCGCACUAUGUGGGGACGUACCUCUGCAAAGAAGAACCUUUCCAUGGAAUCCAUUGAUUAUGGCAUAGAAGAUGAGGUGGAAAUCCAGAGGCUUCAGGCCACCAAAACUGAAUUGGAAAACAGAAUUGCAGAGGAGGCUAAAGGGAAUGCAGUUCUGCAUGCUGGCCUGGAAACACGAAAGAAGGCCUUGCAUGAACAUCGUCUAGCUCUUGAGCAAGAUGUAGCCAGACUACAGGAACGGUUGCAAAAAGAAAGAGACUUGAGGAGCACUCUUGAAGGAGGAAUUCAAAUUUCUCAAUGGCCUUUACCUGUUUUAGCCACUAUUGAUGAAAAGACAAAGGCAGAGCUUGAGGAAAUAGCUAAGGCAGAGGAAGAUGUCAUCAAAUUGAAGAAGAAGGUCGAUGAUCUUGGAGUACAGCUUAGUCAACAGCGUGAACAAAACUAUGGUUCUAUGCAUGCUUCAUACAAUGAACCCCAACAAACUCUGGAUCAUCAAGCAAAACUGAAAGAUAAGCAGGAUACUGAAGCUACAGCCACUUCACUUUAUGAAAGGUCAAGAAGCCAGGAUUCUUAUUUGGAUGGAGAAGAAAAUGAGAGUGAGAGGCUACUGGAAUCAACAUCUUUAUCAGAUCAAAAUCUGCCUCAACACCAGCUGCAUCUGGAUCCAGCAAGCAUCAACUCCUGGUCUGUUGGGGCGUCUGCCAAUUUUUCCACUCCAGAGCCAAUGCUAGCCAGGUCUAUGCCUCCAAACAAUUCCAAUUCCAGGAGAUCUGGUUCAAGGGGUGAGGGAGCAAAUUCAACAACUUCUGCGCUGUCAAAGUUGACAACCCGACUGAACUUUCUAAAGGAACGGCGUAGCCAGAUAACAAAUGAACUCCAACAUAUGGAUAAAAGCCAAGGGUCUGGUAGAGGAUUGGAACCUCGUCAUUCUCGUCAACCAAAUCUGGACAAGGCCAAAACCUCUGAAGUUCAAUAUGUUCAAAGCCCAGAUAUAAGUGGAGAAUUGGACUAUUGUGCAUUACCCCCGAACUUCUACAAAGGAGUGGGAGCUGAAGGACAAUCACCUGAAAACCUAGAAAGGCAUAGAAAAUCAGAUAGCCAAUCACCCCAAAAGGCUGAUAGAGGAAAUAGAUUAGAAGGUCAACAUCCCCAUAAGCCGGAUAGGGGAAGAUCAGAAGGCCAAGGCUUUGAGCGCCAUUCUUUUCUUCAUCCAAGGACAAAUUCUAGAUGAUACCAAGUCUUAUGUGAUCUUAAAUGAUACCAGGUCUUAUAUGAUCACUUGAUGUGAUUGUUUUGUGCAUAUGAUGUUGCUUAUAUCGUCCACAACAUGGUUCAUAAAGCUUCAAAAAAUGAUGAAACUUGUUGGAUAGAAUUGGCACAAGGUUGAGUUUGAUAUGCCUGUAUCAAGCUCAAGCCCGUACUCAUCCAUAGCCUUAUGAUGUACAGAUCUUCCUUCUUCUUGAUGUAAGCUUAAGUGUUUGUAAUAUUGAUUACUGAUUUUUGCUGGUUCAAAGACAAAGCAGGGUUUUAUAUCAAUCAUAUCCAUUGUCAAAUACAUCAUCUAUUGGAGUU